CUUUUCUUUUUAGCGUUAUUUUUAUGUUAAAUAUUUCCAAUUUUGGCAUUAAAAAUCACAGCAUGCACUAUACUAUAUUGCUCACAAACGUCGGCAAGUUUGCGUAAACAAAUAAAGGAUGGAGCUAUAAUGUCACAUCAACAACAUAACUAAAAUUAUUCAUAACCUUUUCAUAGAGAAUACAGUUAAUGGAAAAUAGUCAGAACUGAAGGCAUCAUACAUAACCUCAAUAUCGGACGGAAAAACGUUAGGCAUAAGUGCAAUUUCUCUAGCAUCAAUUAAUUCCAUACCACACAUUCUGGGAUCAUUCAGUAAUUAAGAAAAAAGGGGGAAGAGAUAACUAAUAUUUUUUUCUCCUGUACGCUACUAAUAGAAUUAUAUACACGCCACUGAUAUAAUUAUAUAUGUAUGGGUGUGUGUCACAAUAUAAAAUUAUAAACAGCAUGGAUGAGAAUUAUAACGAAAAUGUUGAUUUGUUAAGAAAGUAAAACACAUACUGUAAGUAUUUGAUGCACCCCACCGUGUUAAGCCUUUUUGUACACAUAAUUUAAUACAGUAAUAAACAACGAAGGCUACUGGUUGCUAGUACACUAUAAAUUAUGGAAAUAAAAUUGAUACAUGGACAUCUUAUAUUUCUUUUUACAACGUUUGAAGAUUCCUUCAUCUUAAUGAGAUAUCAUAUAUAGAAGAUGGAUCUUUCAUCGGAACCUCUCUUCAGUCUAUCUAUAUUUACGGAAAUAGGCUAACGCAAAUCACUAGCGAGAUGUUCAACGUAAGAGGUAGAUCCCUUAAAUAUCUCUAUAUAUUUAAUAAUCCCAUUGAGAAUAUGGAAGAUGGAGCAUUGUCUCAUCUGGAACCAAAUUCAACAGUGUUUAUGGAGUGUGCUUAUUUGACUCAUAUACCUUCGACGAUAGCAGACAACACAAUUGCGAUGUGUAUGACUAAUAAAACAGAAAUAACAUUUGAUAUUGUCUAUGAUAAACGUAUUAAGAAUAUGUUUGGAAUGAGCUGCAGUACAACAACAUGUGAGCCCUGUGCUCUCGGAUUUUACGGACUACUAUCAGGAGCAGGCUGUAACCCUUGCCCACCAGGUGGUUUCUAUCAGAACCAGCGUGGAUAUGUCGACAGCGGUAAUUAUACAACCGACUGUAAACGGUGCCCGAUUGGAACAUUUUCUCCUCAUCUUGGAGCUGCCUCGAUUUUUAAUUGUCGGUCAUGCCCUACUGGAACAGAUACAGAUGCAAGGGCCGCUCUUGAUGCGUGUCCAUGCUUAGAGAACUUUCAUCGCACUUACCGUUACGGUGCGUGUCAACCGUGUCCAAAUGGUGUCGAUUGCACAGGUGGUUACCAGAAACUGAGCAAGGGCUACUGGUGGUUGUGGAAUUUUACAGGUUAUACUGGUACAGAUUAUCCUGGUAGUUUCGACGAGUACAGACAGUUUGUCUACAACCUUACUGACCCUCAGUUUAUGCUUUCUACACCUAACAGUUUAAACGAUACAGAAUAUAAAGGAUUUCUCCCCGCAGUGCAUCCGUGUCCGCGAAGUGAGAGUUGUCUUGGUGAAGAUAUUGAAGCAAGCUGCUUGAAGGGUUAUUCUUCUUGGUUGUGUGCCGAGUGCAGUGCCAACUAUUAUGAAUUAUUUGACAAAUGUCACAAAUGUCAAGAUAAGCAAAUCAUAAUUACUGUAAUGGUUUUUGGACUAUUGGGAUUCAUAGGUGUUGCUUACGGAGUGUGGAGACUAGAUAAACGAACACGAAACGACUAUUUUGUGAUUCACUUAAAAAUCGCCAUCAAUUUUUACCAGGUUUUAGGUAUACUAUCUGCAGUUAAUGACAUUCAUUGGCCAGAAUCAUUUCAAUCUGUUGGAAAAAGUAUCCAGUAUCUCGAUAUUGUACGGUAUAUCAAUGUUCUCAGCCCGAGGUGUUUAUUUCCGGGUGUUUGGAAUGCUUACACAUAUUUGUAUAUUGCCAUCGCAACACCAUUCUUUAUCAUUGUGUCGACAUCUAUCAUUUUCGUCAUCUGGCACAUCUACAGGAAGUACAAGUAUCCCCACUCAGUAUAUCACUUAACAGACAACUUUUUGUCGGUUACAUUGAUGCUGCUGUAUUUGACCUACGCCAAUACUUGCUCAAGCAUCAUGGCAGUUGGACCGUGGUCUGUCCGUAGGUUUGAUGUCACUGCGAACGGUGAACUUAGAAUACAAGUGCUAACUUCUGACUACUCCAUCGACCUUCAAGAAGACGGUGGUUUAACGUAUGAGAUCAACAAGAAUAUUGCUUAUGGGUCAUUGGUGUAUGUGAUUGGUUUUCCUCUUGCUAUCAUCCUGGUAUUGUAUCGCAGAUACAAACGUCAUGAAGUAGCAGGUCGCAACGACGAACGACCAGGAACCAUGGGAAUAAGGUUCUUCUGCAAGCAAUACAGCAACAAGUUUUGGUACUGGGAAGUAAUUGAUAUGUACAAUAAAGCUAUACUCGCUCUCAUCGCCAACCUCAAAGACGACCAAGCCUCAAACAUGACAUAUUCCCUCUUUAUUACCGUCAUCCUCAUAGCACUGCAUCUGUAUCUUGAACCAAUAAAGGCUAAAUCAGAUCAGAGGUUUCAGUUGUUGACGCUUGUCUUCAUUAUCGUCAACUUAUCUGUUGGUGCAAUUGUUGACAUCGGAGAGACCGUGUACACUGUAGACGAGACCAUACAUGUUCUUCAUGACAUUACACCAUUUAUUCUACUGCUGCUCAACUUCUCCAUUGUGUUUGUUGUUUUUGUUGACCUACUGAAAAAAAUCAAGGAAAGUUUACAGAAAAACGUGGAAGACAACCACGAUGACGGGAAUGGUUUUUUUGCGUUAUUGCAAGAUGAGUAAGCGAUAACCCAACUAUUCACAAAAAAAAACUUGGCCCUAAUAAUAUAAUCAUUGAAGUAGAUAAUUCAAUUAUGUAUGUAUAAAAACAUUAUGGUUUAAUUGUUUUGAUCUUUGUUUUUUUAAAGAAUAUUUUGAAAUAAAAUUGUGCCUUUCCUAUAUAUUUAGAACAUAAAAUGUCUGCCUCUUGAACAGCAAUAUCCUAUUGAAGAAAACUGAUUUCAUCAUUAAUAGCCGAUACUUAUUGUUUAGUGAAAAAUGUGCAUUAUUAUAAUUGUAUAUACCGCAUUUUGAGACACAAAUGAUUAAUACAAAUUUUUGUGGAUCACUUAGCUUAUAUUUUUUUUAAUUUCUACUGUAUUAUGUUAAAUUUCCGUAAAAUUGUGGUAAAUGUGAAUUUAGUGACUGAAACCUGCUUAAUUCAGUCGGCUAAUUGAUGACUGCCGGGGCGGAUGCAGGGAGAUUGCCGACGGUGUAAUCGCACCCCCUAAAUUGUAGUAAUAAAAAUAGUUAUUUUAUUGCAUUGUUUAGAGUAGGCCCUAUUAUGCAGCAUCGAAGUAUUUAUUAUACGUGACCUUAAAGAUAAAGAAAAUAACCUCUCCAUUUUUAUAUCUUUUGACGAUAUUGUAUUAAUAAUUUGUGUAAGGCUAAUUAGGAUAAGCGUUUGAUUUAACUGUGUUAUAUUGUAAAAUUAAUUAACAAGGAUUAAAUCUGUUUUACUAUUGGUGUUUACUUGUUUACCAGGUAAUGAUGGACAUACACUAGUGUUUAGUUUUCUUUGUAAUGGAUCAGGUAUUAUGUCUUGAAAAUUGGUAGUAAAUUUUUUACUAAAAAACGUAAAUUUUUAUUAAACAUAAAGAAUAACUAUAAUAUAGAUACAAAUUUUCUUUAUGUACCUGUUCAUUUAUUUUGUAUUAAGGUAUUAAUGUACUUCUUCAAGUCAAUAGUACAUUUUGGUUCUGUUUUACAUGCUGUAUAUUGUAUAAGAUAUUUUCCGGUUCAGCUGAUUAUUGAUAACGAGUCAAGAAGAAGCAAAGUUCUAUACAAAUGUUAACAUGCGUCUACUGUCCCUUGGGGUGGGCGGCAAAGUAUAAACACUGUUGUCAUCUAUCAGUUAAAGUAAAUCCGGUUGAACUUUUAAGAGUAAUAAUCUGGUGUAGGAAUGACAUAUUACGUGAGUCAUUAGCUAAAGAUAAAAAUAAAAAGCAAGUUUCCAGUACAACUGUUCCGAUUAAACAAUUUAUGCAGUGUGUGAUUUGGUGGGAAUGCUUGAUCUAAGCCUCAUGGAAAGUUUUCCCAACAAUAGUGGCAACACUCAUGCUGUACGGUGGGUUAUGGAGGUAUUAUUGAGAAAAAGGAUCACUCAGCAACAGAUCCCUUUUGACACGACAAACCAAUGUGGACCCCGCCUUUGGAUCGCACGCGGGCGUAUUACCCUAUAAUUCACAUUUUUUCGUUAGUAACAACUUGGCAACGACAUGCGUUUAUACGCUUCAGCAGCAGUUGUGCAAUAAAGCGUUUGGU